CAUUACAAUCGACGCCGACGAGGGAAAAUUGAUUGGUGCUAAACAAUAUGGUGAGAGAAGCAGGAGCUUCAAGGUCCGGUGGAGCAGCAAAGAAGAAGAAGUGGUCAAAGGGAAAGGUUAAAGAAAAAGUGACCAAUACCGUGUUUUUGGACCAGGAAACUUAUGAGAAAUUAUACAAGGAAGUUCCUAAAUACAAGCUUAUAACUCCUGCAAUCGUUUCCGAGCGUCUUCACGUCAACGGCAGUUUGGCAAGGCAAGCGAUAAGAGAACUUUUAGCAAAGGGUCAAAUUUCCCUUAUCUCUUCGCAACGGGGUACCUUGAUAUGUUCAAGAGCAGGAAACGCCGUAUAACUUCUCGUUUGGAAAUAAAACAAGCAUUUAGCCAUAUAUCUUAUUAUUCGCUUAACUGCAUAAAGUUUCGGUUGAUGUU